AUGCGGCCAACUAGAUUUCUUGUCGUUAUUUAUCUCCUGUUUGUCGGAAGCGCCUUUGCCCUUCGAGCAAGAACUGGUCACGCCGGCGGCAUCACGGCCGCGGAUGCUAGAGGCUUGAACCAUCCACCCACAAAGCUAAGUCGGAGGGCUCCUCCUGUUCGCGCUGCAAAGACCCAUGUGCGCACGAGGCCGAAACGAAAAAAAGGGUGGUCUGGAAAGCGCGACAAAAAACAAAAGCCCCCGAAGAAACCCGCCCCAGCUCCAGGGCCUCCGAGCCAAGAUCUCCUACGCGGCGGGAAAUGUGGGAAACCGCCUGGGGACGGGCCUGGGCACUGUUUAUUCACCGUAAACGGCCAACGCCAAUUCCUCGACUGCUGCCCUGAGGAGAAGCUGAAAACAAUGAUGCGAACUGUCGCGAGCGCAGCCCUUCUUAUUGGGCAGACUUUCGCAUAUGACCAGCUCUUCAACUUCAAAGCUGCGCCUGUAUACGAAACCCGCUCUCUGGACGAAAUUCACCAAGCUGCCCUGAAGGAAGGCGGAGUCGUCACUGUCUGGCAUGGUGGUGAUGAGGCCAAUCAGCAGGACGCGCUAAAGCAGGCGUUCGAGACCCGGUUCCAAGGAAUGACCCUGAACAUUACUGUCGAUCUCUCGAAAUACCAUGAUGGUCGUCUCGAUCAGCAGCUUGGAGAUGGAAACAUCUACGUUGACAGUAUUAUCCUCCAAACGCUCCAUGAUUACCCCCGUUGGGCUCAGGAGGGCGCCCUAUUGAACUACGCUCCCGUCAGCUUUGAUCAGAUUGAACACUCCUUCAAAGAUGACACUGCAGCCUGGUAUGGCCUGUAUGUCUUCUUCUGGUCUGGGGCCUUCAAUACCGAGAAGCUGCCCGGGAUCGAACCUCUGGUCGAGUGGAAUGACUGGCUGCGCCCUGAGUUCAAGGACAAGCUUGUCAUUACCUACCCGAACGAUGAUGAUGCUGUCACAUGGGCAUUCUAUCUUGUGAUGCGUCAAUAUGGCACUGAAUGGUUUGACAAGGUAAUCGCUCAGAACCCUCGCUGGGUCGGGGGAACCCAGACUCCCACUCUAGCCAGCGCAGCCAACACCACCUCAGCCGCCUUCUUCGCAGGCUUCGGGGGCUUCGGCUCCAGGGGCAACCUCAACUUCACAGUCCCCAAGGAGGGCAAGUACGUCUCCUGGCCCCAGACCGGCGUCAUCCUCAAGGAUACUCCUCACCCGGAGGGAGCCAAGCUCCUCCACAACUUCAUCCUCACGCCCGAGUACCAGCAGGCAACCGGUCUAUGGCCUGUUCGUCGGGACGUCGCCCCUCCUGCUGGGUUCCCUGAUCUCUGGACCGCAAAUGCCACGAACCCGGCUGAGUUCGCUCGGUUCAUGGCUGGUCGUCCUCUUGUUGAGAGACUGAGGUUCUUCUUCGAGGCUAAGCUUGGUACUGCCGUCGGUCUUGAUCUUAUCUCGGAUGACAUUUAG